GCAGCCACGUCGUGAAAGGUUUUAAGGGCAAAGCCGUCGGAGGUAACCGGGAGAAGAGAAUCGCCCGGCGGCGCGAAGCGGAGGAGGGUGAGAACAUCGGAGUUCGGCGAUGUCGAAGCGGCAGGGACCGCCGAAACACCAGAACCGCUACGCGUGGAAGCCGAACCUUGGCCAGAAGAUCAACGAAACCGAGCCCGGUGGCAGGUUCCGACCUCUGUCAGAGAUCACCGGAGUCUGCCAGCGCUGCCGUGAUCAAAUCGACUGGAAACGCAGAUACGGAAAAUACAAGCCCAUUGUUGAGCCAGCAAAAUGCCAGAAGUGUAGUAAGCGAAACGUUCGGCAAGCCUACCAUAAUGUAUGCAGAGAUUGCUCCAAGGACCUCGGCAUAUGUGCCAAGUGCUGCACUCAGGUUAAAGAGCUUGUUGGAAGGGAUGCGAAUGAGGAGGAAAGUGAACGCAAGGAACUAGAAGAGGCUAUCAGAGGUGCUAGGGAGAGGGAAAGACGUACACUUCUUCGUAUUAUGAACAAAGGCAAGGGUGGGGAGAGUGGGCCGUCAGUCCCAAAGAUUGCUGACAGAAGCCGAGAAGGUGAUAUCUUUCCUGCUGCAUCACUUGAUGAAUACGCCGAACAAGCUAGAGAGCAAGAAGAGGAAGACUCAGAUGAAGAGGCUGGAGAUUUUGUGGAAGAUUAAGUUGGGAAUGCUUUAUGCUGUAAACAUACUUUCUUGGUGUAAUGAGAUGGUGCUUUUGCGGUCUUAUCUGUGACGCUGUAGAAAUACUAUCGCUCUGUAUCAGAUUUAAUAUUCAUCUGGCGGUGGUAAGAUUGCUGCACAUUCCUGCUGUAAUGCUCCAGAGCUUGGAAUUGGAAGAUGCUAAACUGCGUUGAUUUAAUUGAAAAUGGUUGUGCAUGUAUUACUCA